CGAGAGGGCGGGGGUUGAUGCGGGCCCGGGGGAGGGGUCGUGCGGCCCCUCCAGGCAGUCGAGGCCGAGGAAGGGGGGGUCCUCAUAGAGGAAGAGGUAGGCCCCGGAGCCUGCUCUCUCUUCCUAGGGCCCAGGCGUCUUGGGCCCCCCAACUGCCUGCUGGGCUGACCAGCCCUCCUGUUCCUUGUCUCCCCACUCAGGGGGAGGCCCCUGCUGAGAUGGGGGCGCUACUGCUGGAAAAGGAGCACAGAGGAGCUACGGAAAGAGUUCAUGGCUCUUUAGGGGACAUCCCUCAUACCGAGGAGACCCAGCCCAAGGCCAACCCUGACUCCCUGGAACCUGCUGGCCCCUCAUCUCCGGCCUCUGUCACUGUCACCGUCGGCGAUGAGGGAGCUGACACUCCUGUAGGAGCCACACCGCUCAUUGGAGACGAACCCGAGAAUCUGGAGGGAGAUGGGGGCCGAAUUCUGCUAGGCCAUGCCACAAAGUCAUUCCCCUCUUCCCCCAGCAAGGGGGGUGCCUGUCCCAGCCGUGCCAAAAUGUCAAUGACAGGAGCAGGAAAAUCACCCCCAUCGGUCCAGAGUUUGGCUAUGAGGCUGCUGAGUAUGCCGGGGGCCCAAGGAACUGCAGCAGCAGGGCCUGAACCCCCUCCAGCCACCGCCAGUCCUGAGAGUCAACCCAAGGUUCACCGAGCUCGGAAAACCAUGUCCAAACCUGGAAAUGGACAGCCCCCAGUCCCUGAGAAGCGGCCCCCAGAAGUGCAGCAUUUCCGCAUGAGUGAUGACGUGCACUCCCUGGGGAAGAUGACUUCAGAUGUGGCCAAAAGGAGGAAGCUAAACUCUGGAGGUGGUCUGGCAGAGGACUUGGGUUCUGCUCGGGGUUCAGGAGAAGUAACCCUGGAGAAGGGGAACCCCAGGUCCCUGGAGGAGUGGGAGACGGUGGUGGGUGAUGACUUCAGUCUCUACUAUGACUCCUACUCUGUGGAUGAGCGGGUGGACUCUGACAGCAAGUCUGAAGUUGAAGCUCUGGCUGAACAGCUAAGUGAAGAGGAGGAAGAGGAGGAAGAGGAAGAGGAGGAGGAAGAGGAGGAAGAGGAAGAAGAGGAAGAAGAAGAGGAAGAUGAGGAGUCAGGCAAUCAGUCAGAUAGGAGUGGCUCUAGUGGCCGGCGCAAGGCCAAGAAGAAGUGGCGGAAGGACAGCCCCUGGGUGAAGCCAUCUCGGAAACGGCGGAAGCGGGAGCCUCCACGGACUAAGGAGCCACGAGGAGUGAAUGGUGUGGGCUCCUCAGGCCCCAGUGAGUACAUGGAGGUCCCUCUGGGGUCCCUGGAGCUGCCCAGCGAGGGGACCCUCUCUCCCAACCACGCUGGGGUGUCCAAUGACACAUCUUCACUGGAGACAGAGCGUGGGUUUGAGGAGCUGCCCCUCUGCAGCUGCCGCAUGGAGGCGCCCAAGAUUGACCGCAUCAGCGAGAGAGCAGGGCACAAAUGCAUGGCCACCGAGAGUGUGGACGGAGAGGUGGGCCUGAAGGAUGGUGGGAGAGGUGCCAAGGAGGGCCAGUCCCAGGCCUCAGUCUCAUCCUCUGUUCUUGCCCAUCCUUGCGGCCCCCAGCUAUCAGGCUGCAAUGCUGCCAUCCUCAAACGGGAAACUAUGAGGCCCUCUAGCCGUGUGGCACUGAUGGUGCUCUGUGAGACCCACCGCGCCCGCAUGGUCAAACACCACUGCUGCCCAGGUUGUGGCUACUUCUGUACGGCGGGCACCUUCCUGGAAUGCCACCCAGACUUUCGUGUGGCCCACCGCUUCCAUAAGGCCUGUGUGUCCCAGCUCAAUGGGAUGGUCUUCUGUCCCCACUGUGGAGAAGAUGCUUCUGAGGCCCAGGAGGUGACCAUCCCCAGGGGUGAUGGGGGAACCCCCCCAACUGGCACAGCAACCCCUGCACCCCCACCCUUGGCGCAGGACGCCCCAGGGAGAGCAGAUACUUCACAGCCCAGUGCCCGGAUGCGAGGGCAUGGAGAGCCCCGGCGCCCACCCUGUGAUCCCCUAGCUGACACCAUCGACAGCUCUGGGCCUUCCCUGACCCUACCCAAUGGAGGCUGCCUCUCAGCUGUGGGGCUGCCACCUGGGCCAGGCCGAGAGGCCCUGGAGAAGGCCCUGGUCAUCCAGGAGUCUGAGAGGCGGAAGAAGCUCCGUUUCCACCCCCGGCAGUUGUACCUGUCAGUGAAGCAGGGGGAGCUGCAGAAGGUGAUCCUGAUGCUGUUGGACAACCUGGACCCCAACUUCCAGAGCGACCAACAGAGCAAGCGCACACCCCUGCACGCGGCCGCCCAGAAGGGCUCCGUGGAGAUCUGCCAUGUGCUGCUGCAGGCUGGAGCCAACAUCAAUGCAGUGGACAAGCAACAGCGGACGCCACUGAUGGAGGCCGUGGUGAACAACCACCUGGAGGUGGCACGCUACAUGGUGCAGCGUGGCGGCUGUGUCUAUAGCAAGGAGGAGGAUGGCUCCACCUGCCUCCACCAUGCAGCCAAAAUCGGCAACUUAGAGAUGGUCAGCCUGCUGCUAAGCACGGGACAGGUGGACGUCAAUGCCCAGGACAGUGGGGGGUGGACGCCCAUCAUCUGGGCAGCAGAGCACAAGCACAUCGAUGUGAUCCGCAUGCUGCUGACACGGGGCGCCGAUGUCACCCUCACUGACAAUGAGGAAAACAUCUGCCUGCACUGGGCUUCCUUCACCGGCAGUGCUGCCAUUGCUGAGGUCCUCCUGAACGCCCGCUGCGACCUCCAUGCUGUCAACUACCACGGGGACACGCCCCUGCACAUUGCAGCCCGGGAGAGCUACCAUGACUGUGUGCUGUUGUUCCUGUCACGCGGAGCCAACCCUGAGCUUCGGAACAAGGAGGGAGACACGGCGUGGGACCUGACUCCUGAGCGCUCUGAUGUGUGGUUUGCACUCCAGCUCAACCGCAAGCUGCGGCUGGGGGUGGGAAACCGGGCCAUCCGCACUGAGAAGAUCAUCUGCAGGGAUGUGGCUCGGGGCUAUGAGAACGUGCCCAUUCCCUGUGUCAAUGGUGUGGAUGGGGAGCCCUGCCCCGAGGAUUACAAGUACAUUUCAGAGAACUGUGAGACAUCCACCAUGAACAUUGACCGAAACAUCACCCACCUGCAGCACUGCACGUGUGUGGAUGACUGCUCCAGCUCCAACUGCCUGUGUGGCCAACUCAGCAUCCGCUGCUGGUAUGACAAGGAUGGGCGGCUGCUGCAGGAAUUUAACAAGAUCGAGCCCCCUUUAAUCUUUGAGUGUAACCAGGCCUGCUCCUGCUGGAGAAACUGCAAAAACCGCGUGGUGCAGAGUGGCAUCAAGGUGCGACUGCAGCUCUACCGAACAGCCAAGAUGGGCUGGGGGGUCCGCGCCCUGCAGACCAUCCCACAGGGGACCUUCAUCUGCGAGUAUGUUGGGGAGCUGAUCUCCGAUGCUGAAGCCGAUGUCAGAGAGGAUGAUUCUUACCUCUUCGACUUAGACAACAAGGAUGGAGAAGUGUAUUGCAUCGAUGCCCGUUACUAUGGCAACAUCAGCCGCUUCAUCAAUCACCUGUGUGAUCCUAACAUCAUCCCUGUCCGUGUCUUCAUGCUGCACCAAGACCUUCGGUUUCCACGUAUUGCCUUCUUCAGUUCCCGGGACAUCCGGACUGGGGAGGAGCUAGGGUUUGACUAUGGUGACCGCUUCUGGGACAUUAAAAGCAAAUAUUUCACCUGCCAGUGUGGUUCUGAGAAGUGCAAGCACUCAGCUGAGGCCAUUGCCCUGGAGCAGAGCCGGCUGGCUCGCCUAGACCCUCACCCUGAACUGCUGCCCGAGCUCGGCUCCCUGCCCCCUGUCAACACCUGAAAAUGGACCACAUCAUCCCUUCCCUGCCUGGUGGCCACCAGCUCGGCAACGGCCUCUGCCACUCGCUGCUCACAGCUUAGGCCUGGGGGCACUGCCACCUCUGCCCACUGCCCUUCACACAUUCCUUGACCAGAGACCCCAGCCAGGCCCUGGAGGUCUGAAAGCCCCUCAUCCAGAGCUGGUUCCUCCCUGGGAACGUGACUUCAGGGCUGGCCACCCCCGUCCCCAUCCUCACUAAAAUUCGAUGAAUUAAAAUCGGGCCUCUAUGCCAACUGGUUUUCUUUGUUCUCAAUAA